GAUGGAUCCUACAUCUGUGUCAGAGAGGGAGAAUGUCACACUGAGAUGUAGAACCAACUGUACACUGGACCCCAUCACAGCCUACAGUUGGUAUAAGAAUGGACAGUCUCUACCAAACAGCAACACCUACUCUCCUGUCUAUAUCCUGUUCUCAGUCAGCAGUGAGGAUACAGGCAGAUACUCCUGUUCUGUAGAAGGACAUGAGGAUCUCCCCUCUGCUGAAGAGACUCUCACUGUCACAUAUGGUCCAUGGAACACCUCAGUGUCAGUCAGUCCCUCUGGUGAAUUAGUGGAGGGCAGUUCAGUGACUCUGACCUGCAGCAGUGAUGCCAACCCACCUGUGGACAAAUACACCUGGUACAAGAAGAACGUAACCUCACCAAAAGCAUCAGGACAGAGUUACAGCAUCACUAACAUCAUCUCUGAGGACAGAGGAGAAUAUUACUGUGAGGCCCAGAAUGGAAGAGGAUCUAUGAACUCUACAGCUCUGAUGAUCAUUGUAGCAGGGAAACAGACCUCAGUUCUAACUGCAGCUGUAGGAAUCAUAGUGAUUGUUCUGGGUGUCAUACUGGCUUCAUGUCUCUCUAGACUCAUGUGGUUCAGGAAGAAGGUCUCCAAAACCACCUCUGACACAAGACACACAGCAGGCAAUGAACAGGGAGACUCUAGUCCAGUGUAUGACAACAUCUCAGGCAUGGCCUUCACCCCUACUGCAGCACAGACAGCGGCCACCGUCGACCAAGAUGACAUUCACUUCGCCAGCGUCCACUUCUCUCACUCCAAAAACCAGGAAGUGCCUCUGUACUCCACCGUCCAGCUGCUUCAACCCCAGAAAGAGGAUGAGGAUGUCCAGUACGCUGCUGUGAAUUUCAACCUCCCCAGUGCUGCCACCUGGUCCACGGUGGUACAAGCAGCUGAGGAGGAUCCCUCUGUUCUCUACAGUACAGUCAACAAACCCAGAACCAAGAAGUCCUUAACACUGAAAAUAACAAACCCAGAACCAAGAAGACCUGAAAAUAACAAACCCAGAACCAAGAACUGA